UUGUUGCCAUAGAGCUAGGCCGCUAAACCUUCAUUCCCUUCAAUAUCUUGUUUGAGAACGACAAGAACGCUUAUUUUGUACAAAAUUGAACGGAAGAAUAGAAAUGGCGACUGUUGUUCAGUCAGCAGAUGGACCUACUGAAGUGAUCAAUGCCAGACGGACAGAAUCACUCGAUGCACCAAACAUCUUGAAGUUGGUUACCAAAGCAACUCAGCCUCAGUUUGGUCUGGUUGAUGUUGUGAAUAUCAUUGAAAAGGCAGUCUUGGCAGUAACCCUCAACAAUGAACGAGAAGAAAUCCUUGCCCAUGCAGCAUUCUUUGACUAUCCUAACGUGGACUCUGUAGACCAUGGAGAGUGGCAGGAAUGGCUCAACACAUACUAUGAUACACAGGAAUGCACACCCUUGAACACACUGUUUCUACACUACUUUGUGGCUAAACCUGCAUUUGCUCAUGGGAGUGCUAAAGAGAUCAUCAGGACUGUAUUCAACGCAGUGCCAGACAUCCACUUCCUGUAUGUAGUGUUACCUACUGGAGUAGCCCCUGAGCCUGCUUUAGGACAUAACUUCAGCUCGAAGGAGCUCAAGGAUGGCGACAAACCUCUGGAGGGAUACUCGGUCUUUGUUUGUCAUAGACAUGAUCAUUGUCCAGAGCUCUUUGUGAGAAAAGCUAGAGUUGAAGACCAUGAUGACCUGACGCCAAUCUUCAACCGUCAGAGUGAUAUGCUCAACUCUACAUAUGGAAGCUACUUUUUGGCUGAAUUGAUAGAGUCUCAAGAUGAAAAUAACCAGGCAAUCAUUGUAGAGAAUGAAGGUACUGCCUUUGGAUUCAUGAGUCUAUCAACCGAUGUGGAUGUAGAUCUGCUCAACACCUGUUUUGAGCUUGGUCCAUUCCAUGGCCUCAGGAAGCCUCAUGCUGAUGAUAUUCUCAAAGCUCAAACACCUCUUCCACCAGAGGAGACAGCCGUUGAUGAUGAGAUAGUUUCAGGCAGCCAAGCAGGAAGUGACAAAGCGGCUUUGUCUAGAACUAGCUCACUAUCUUCAAUCAAGAAAGGAGAUACUGGUACAGCAGAGCCCACCCCCUCAACCCAACCCCCUGCCCAGACGCCCCAACAGACCAAGGCUACCCCUCUACCAGCUAAAGCAGCCACUCCGAUGACGGCUAAGAGCACCCCACUACCAACUAAGGGGACACCUAAACCAGGCGCGACGCCCCUCAACAAACCCCCAACCGUCGCUGGGAGUAUCGCCGAAUCAGAGCUUCAAGUUGAGGGGAAACUGAGUGAUUCCCAUAUGAAGAGUUCUGGAUCAGUGAUGAGUGACAAAGAUGAAGUGGAAUCAGUCAAAUCUGGAAUGUCUAAGAGGUCUGGAUCGAUUGCAUCUAACCAUGAUGUAGCUGAAGAAGCUGCACCCUCUGAGCUGAGUGUGUCCUCUGAACCCUCCCUCCCUGAGCCUCGCUUUGAACCUACCUACUACGGGCCAGCUAAUGCUUUCUCCAUUCAGCUCUUCUGUAUUGAUGAACGUUAUGAGAUGAGGUCCCAAGAUUUUCUUCCCAUGGCAUUCUCUUUGUUUCCUGAUCGAGAUUUCUGUAUUCUCACUGUCCCUCAUCUGGUUCCUGAAUUCCCUCUCCUACAGAAUUUUGUGCGUGGAACCCCCAAGUGCCCUAGUGUUCUACCCCAGGAGCUGUACCUCUUCCAUCGGGCGGGGCUACUCCAAUCCUUCACUGUGCGCCCUGCUUGUACCUCUGAUGUACCAGCUAUCACCACCCUGAUAGAAGGAAUCUACAACCAGGAUGUCAUUCUCUCCGAUCUGGAUCGCUUUAACAAAGCUAGAAGGGAUGAGGAUGGCACACCUAUCAAGGCCUUUGUGGCCACCUGUCACAGUCAGGUUGUAGGAGUGGCUUUGACACGAGCAGAAGAAGACAUUGAGUUCAUUCGCUCCCAUUAUAACAUAGAGGACUUCAUCUACUUCAACCAUCAUCGACGAGAUGAACACGGUCACCUCCAUCACUUUGCGAUGAACCCCAUCUUUCAGCAUCGCUCUAAACAUUUCAUAAAGGAGAUCCUACGUCAGAGCCAUCAUACAUGUCUCUAUUAUCCUGUCUAUCCUGCCUAUUCAAAUGACAUGAGACACUCUCUAGUCACUUGUCUCAACUUCAUGGUACCAGUCCGAGCCAGGAGGCAGAUCAUGUACCCUCUUGAGCAGCUAGGCCUGAAUGCUCCUUCUAACAGAGUCAUCAAAGAACAGGAAAUGUAUGCCUUGAGUCAUAUCAACAGGAAGCUGACCUUGGAACCAAAGGUCACCAUUAACGCUCGCAUCGUUGUGGUUGGAGCUUCAGAUACUGGCAUUGCUUUCCUUGAAACACUCGCAUUCUGCCCCCACUUGAGGUUCAACAACCUGUGCCUUAUCUCUCCCAACGGUCUACCUGGUCACAUGUCCUUUGAUGAGACAAGGUCUCUCUUCCUCUCUACCAGUCAUUGCUACACGCAUGAUGAGCUCUCUCAGAUCUCACUCAGGUCAUGGGUCAAUGUGGUCUCUUCAAAGAUGGUUGGAAUCAACAGAUUAAGCAAGUAUGUGAAGAUAGCAAAUGGGACAAAGGUGCCCUAUGAUCAUCUGAUCAUCAACACAGGCCAACAGUAUCAGGUGAGUAGUCCCACCGGAGCUGAUGUCGGCAAACUGGUCACCAAUAAAGAGGUACCCAACAAUCCUGACCGCAGAUACGUCGGUCCUAAACCCAAGAAUGUAUUCACCAUCAAUGAUGAGAGUGAUGCAGCAGCCACCAUCAAGUGGCUUAACAAGAGAUUCAUCAGUGCUGAAGGCAAAGCCAUCAUAUAUGGUAGCAGCUUAGAUGCAUACACUGCCGUCCAGACCCUACUAGCCCUAGAUGUCCCUGGUCACCGUAUCGCCAUGGUACAGCCACCUCAACGCUUCACGGUCACAUGCUUCAACAACCCUACCGUCCAUGAGGCUGUACAUCACUCCAUGGCACAGGCUGGAGUAGAGCUCUACCAAGGCUACUACCUGGCUCAAUGGAACGAUGGGAAGGGUGUGUCGGGAGACGGAGAGGUGUACUGUGCCUCGUUCACCUCGGACACCAAGCCUCUCAAACUGGAGUGCUCAGCCUUCUUCUGCUACAGUCGUAAGGCAGUGGACUAUGAAGCAUUCAAAGCAAUCAAUGACAGCUGUUUGGUUUAUGAUGGUCGAUUGGUCAUCGAUGCUCUCUUCCAUACCAAUGACCUGUCCAUCAGGGCUGCUGGACCACUCACUAAAUUCCAGAGGAAAUACCAUGCUGAACAAUGGACCCAUGCCAACUUCAACCCUAAGGAGGUGGGUCGCUCCUUGGCCUCUACCAUGCUCCGUCUCUUUGACCCUACCAUCGAGAAUGACGUUGCCCCUCCCCCAGAGCCUCAUUGUCUGAUCCCCCUCUACCAGGGUGCUAAGGUACAGGGCGGGGUCUUGCCAGGGGGUCUUCACUACCUUCACUAUGGCAAACCUGGUCUUGACAUGCCUCUAGAGGUACAGAUGGCACAGGCAGACUAUGGUCGCGAGAUCAUCACUGUAGAUACCCAGCAGAACUACUUCCGCCUUCACCUUAACAACUACUCCAACAUCCAGACCGUUACAUGUCUCUCUCAUCAGCCGAUUGAUGUGUCCAACCUGUUGUGUCUGUACAACAUCCAUGAGAGAUUCUUGAACAACCUGGUAUCGAGGUUUGAUGAAGGUCUCAUCAAAGAUCUCUACGCCUACUUCAGAGAGACUUGGAGUCUUGCUAUCUUCCAUGACAGAUUCACAGACUUCAGACAAGAGGUCCGAGAGCUACUGGUCCAGAGACCGGCCGUUGAUGUGAGUUCCUUGGAAGAGAAAGUUAGAGAGCUCAUCUCACAAGAUCUGCUGUUGGAAAGCCACGACCGCAAGUAUUUGGCUGAGCAGUUUGAUCAGCAAGGUAACAAGAGGGCUGUGGAGACAAGACUACUGAGUUUCUUGAGCUAUAACUACUACCACCUCCCUAUGUAUGCCAAGCCAGGCAUGGUCUAAGAUGUGGAAUGAAAACAAAGAGCAGGAAAAUAUGAAGAAUAAUGAUGGAACACUAACAGCCUUUGCAUAACUAGUCUGUUGUGAAUUGAGGGUCUAGCCAGCCAUCAAUGAAUUUCUUAGAGUCUGAAACCUUAUGUCUCAAUGAAAACCAGAAUCUUUGCAAAUUACAUAUCUAUUGUUCUCAUGAAAAUUUUAUAUAUUUGAAAGAAAAAUAUGUUAAACAAAAUAGGAAUAACAGAAUGCAAACGAUCUAGCAAUGCUUUAUACAAAACCCUGUUCUGAAAAUCAGUACUUUGUAUCUUUGCAGAACUUUUUUUUGGUCAUAUAUAAUUCAUGCUCUCGUGAACAAAAUGAACCAAUGAGUUCUAUUCUUUAACAGAAAAACACGAGGAGAACCUUAUUAAGGAAUACGAGAGAGUGAUGAUGAACCUAUAUCAAAGUAUUCCUUCUUGAAUUGUGAAAUUGUUUCCAACUCCUGUUGAGUUUCAUUUAAUAAUAACUUAUCAAAGUUAUCUUGGACCAGACAUUUUGUGUGUAAACAUUAAAGAUAUUAUUAACCACGCUAUUGUCCUAUCAUACAUUCACUUUUACUUUAAGAUGUUUUGAAAGAAAAGUAGUGUUAAUGCUUUCUGAUUGCCUUUCCAUUUCACACACAGAAGUCAGAGAUUAUUUUGAAAUGUUAUAUUAAAAGGAAAAUUGCUGCCUGGAGUUAUUAAUUCUAGAGAGAUUUAAUACAUUUCACAUUGACCGAAAGAAGUAAACAUUGUGAACUGGUUCAUUUCAAGAAGUAUUUGUCAAAUUUUCAAAGUACUUAUUUUUCAGAUUAUUUUUGUGGGAACUGGAUGUGGAGCAUGCUAUUCUCAUUUCAUAUAUCAUUUGAAGAAAAGCAAAUAAUGGAAGGGGGAUUCAAAUGGAAGCUUUGAUGUUACAUGUGACAUGCUUAGAUGGGGGAAGAAGCUCAACUCAACAUUUAAGCAUGUUCAGGGAUGAGCUUCCUCUGCCUAUUGGUGGAUUUCUGCCUACCGGUAUUUAGAGAUUUCAAGAUACGCGGGGAAAACAAAUUAAACUUUCAGAUUAUCAUUAAUUGUACGUCUAAGCAUUGACCUUAGCAGCAUUUUUCUCUCAUCUGAACAAUGUUAAAGCUGGAGUCCCUUUAAGCAAGCUGGGGUAACAAAUAUUUCUCAAGUUUAGAAUGCAAGGAAAACGUGUCCUUUUACGUAAAUAUAUUCUAAAGUUUUCUUCACCCCUGCCAGGGGGUUGCCCCCAGACUCCCAUUUAAUCUUCCUCCUUUUAGGGGAAUUUCCUUGUCUCAUCCCCUGUAUGUUGUUAUAUAGAAUAGAAGAAAAAAUAUCUUACUGAAUGUACAUGUAAAUAUAUGGAUUAUUUAGAUGGCCAUCACAGUUUGAGUGAAAGAUAUAUGUUGUAUAUCAAUAUAGAAUGCACUAUUUUGGUAAAAGAGAAUGUGUAUAUAACCUCCACUGUAUAAUGAUAUGAUGUAAAUAUUUUUCUGUCUUGACUUGAUGAAGCCUUGAGAUUUGAAGAAUAUAAAAGUUUAUUUAAAUACAUAGAUUGAAAAAAAAAUGUAUAUUUCAGUUUGAAUUGUUACCUUGAUCCACUAAUUUUGACUAUAUUUCUCAUUCCAUCCAUACUGUUUUGCAGUUUUGUACAGUGAUAUACAGUAUAUGCAUGUAUAUUGAUAUGUAAUGUAUUGGUAUGAAUAAAGCAAGUAAAAAACAAUGUAUAAAAUU